UACCAGACAGGGGAUGGUUACUGUUCCUGCAGUCAUAUGCAGAUCUAAGAGAAGAGAAUUAACCUUGCGGCAGGGAUCGACUUGCAGAGCAGUUUGCCUAAAGACCCAAUAAGUACCCAGAUUCUAAAGGCUUUUGGCGUUGGAGAAAUGGAGGCUGAAGAGGAGCGUUUUCCUAGACUAAGGCAAGUUCUUCUUCUCUUUGUUUUGCUGGCUCACACUUGCGCGGAGCGGGAAGAUUAUUUUAUUACAGAAGAAACAGAGAGUGGUUCUUUUGUGGCCAAUCUAGCAAAGGAUAUAGGGCUAGGGGCAAGAGAGCUCUCUCGGCGGAGGGCUCGGAUCAUUUUUAACAAUGACAAAAAGCAUUUUCAGCUGAACCUUCAGACUGGAGAUUUACAAGUAAAUGAGAAACUGGAUCGGGAAGAAUUGUGUGGCCCCACUGAUCCUUGUGUACUGCAAUUUCAAGUGUUACUGGAAGAACCUUUGGAGGUAUAUAGGUAUAAGCUUUUGGUCACUGACAUAAAUGACAAUUCCCCUGUGUUCCCAGAGGCAGAAAUGAUUUUAAAAAUCAUGGAAAAUACUCUUCCAGGGGCUGUGUUUCCCCUGAAAAAUGCGCAAGAUUUGGAUGUAGGUGUCAAUAAUGUUCAAAACUACACCAUUUAUCCCAACUCCCAUUUCCACGUGCUCACCCGCAACAGCGGUGAAGGCAGAAAAUACCCGGAACUCGUUCUGGACAAAGCCCUAGAUCGAGAACAGCAGCCCGAGUUUAGAUUAACUCUCAUGGCAGUAGAUGGUGGAACUCCUCCCAAAACUGGGACUACCCUGGUCCUCAUUGAUGUUUUGGACAUCAAUGACAAUGCUCCUGAGUUUGUGCAGCCACUCUAUCGUGUGCAGAUCCUGGAAAACAGUCCCCUGGGAUCUCUUAUUGUCACUGUUUCAGCUAGAGAUUUAGACACAGGAAUAAACGGUGAAGUAGUCUAUUCAUUUUUCUAUGGUGAUGAAGAGAUUACUAGGACAUUUGCACUUAAUGAACUCACAGGAGAAAUUAAAAUAAUUAGGAAAUUAGAUUUUGAAAAAAUUAAGUCAUAUGAGCUGGAUAUUGAGGCUUCUGAUGGGGCAGGUCUUUCGGGAAAAUGCACUGUCAUAAUAGAGGUGGUGGAUAUAAAUGACAACACCCCAGAAAUGACCGUGGCUUCCCUUAUAAGUUCCAUCCCUGAAAAUUCCCCUGAGACCACGAUAGCUCUUUUCAGUAUUCAAGACCCAGACUCUGGGGAAAAUGGGAGGAUGGUUUGUUCCAUCCAGGAAGAUGUCCCGUUCACUCUGAAACAUUCUCUUGAAAAUUUCUACAAGUUAGUAACAGAAGGAGUGCUAGACAGAGAGACAAGAUCUGAGUACAACAUCACCAUCACCGUCACCGACUUGGGGACCCCCAGGCUGAAAACGCAGCACAGCAUAACCGUGACGGUCUCCGACGUCAACGACAACGCCCCCGCCUUCAGCCAAACCACCUACACCCUGCGCGUCCGCGAAAACAACAGCCCCGCCCUGCACAUCGGCAGCGUGAGCGCCACGGACAGGGACUCGGGCGCCAACGCCCAGGUCACCUACUCGCUGCUGCCGCCCGCGGACCCGCAGCUGCCCCUGGCCUCCCUGGUGUCCAUCAACGCGGACAACGGGCAGCUGUUCGCGCUCAGGUCCCUGGAUUACGAGGCGCUGCAGGCGUUCGAGUUCGGCGUGCGCGCGGCCGACCGCGGCUCGCCCGCGCUCAGCAGCCAGGCGCGGGUGCGCGUGCUGGUGCUGGACGACAACGACAACGCGCCCUUCGUGCUGUACCCGCCGCAGAACGGCUCUGCGCCCUGCACCGAGCUGGUGCCCAGGGCGGCCGAGGCGGGCUACCUGGUGACCAAGGUGGUGGCGGUGGACGGCGACUCGGGCCAGAACGCCUGGCUGUCGUACCAGCUGCUCAAGGCCACGGAGCCCGGGCUGUUCGGCGUGUGGGCGCACAACGGCGAGGUGCGCACGGCCCGGCUGCUGAGCGAGCGCGACGCCGUCAAGCACAGGCUGGUGGUGCUGGUCAGGGACAAUGGCGAGCCGCCGCGCUCGGCCAGCGUCACGCUGCACGUGCUGCUGGUGGACGGCUUCUCGCAGCCCUACCUGCCGCUCCCGGAGGUGGCGGCGGCCGAGGCGCGGGCCGACCCGCUCACCGUCUACUUGGUCGUCGCCUUGGCGUCCGUGUCGUCGCUCUUCCUGUUCUCGGUGCUGGUGUUCGUGGCGGUGCGGCUGUGCAGGCGGAGCCGGGGGGCGUCUGCGGGUCGCUGCUCGGGGCCCGAGGGCCACUUUCCGGGCCACCUGGUGGACGUCAGCGGCGCGGGGACGCUGUCCCAGAGCUACCAGUACGAGGUGUGCAGGAGAGGAUCUGGGACCAAGGAAUUUAAGUUUUUGAAAUCUGUUGUCUCCAUUGCUCAACAGAAGUCUGAAUGACGUGGAGGAAAACACACAUUUUGUAAAUUUUGGAUUGAAUUAGGAAUUUGGAUGAAGGUUAGUUCUUUCUAAAUAUGAUAGGUCUCCAUUACUGCUUUGGUCCAUAUAGAAUGUCUUUCUUGGGUGUUUUGCUGAUUCCACAUUCCUAUUAAAGGGAUUAGAAAUAUUCUUUAAGCAUAUCCUCAUAUUUACUCUGUUUUUUAAAUUUCUAUUUUGAUGGAAACAAAGAAAUUUCAAAUUUAUUGCAUUACUGAAAAAUCAUCAACAUGUGGUUCAGUUUAUCAACUUUUCAUUAUCGAGCACUGUUGAUUUGAAGAUGACUCCAGCUCCAUCCUCUAUUUGGUUGUUAAAUGGAAGCUCUAAAUUUUUGAGGUUGUGGUUACUUAGGAGGUAUCAUUCAUUAACAUAAUGAAGCCUAUGUUUAAUCUGAUAUUAAGCUUACCUAUCUUAAAUUUUUAAAUGGAAAAAAGUUCUGCAAAAAAUGCAUAUUUUUGUUUCACGGUAGUAUUAAAUAGAAAGGCUACAAUUUCUCCCAUAUUUAAGGGCUUUUCUUCUAUAACAACCUUCAAUAUAUCAUAUAUAUGAGUAUUAUUAAAAGAUUAUUAGAUUAUUUCAAGAUACUUAAAUGAUAGAUCCUUUUUGUCUAGCCCACCCCAUCAUGUUCGGUAAACUUCUCUCUUCAGUUGAAGUGUACUGUUGCAGCUACAUUUAUUUCACUCAUUUCCCCUUGUGACUUCAGACAAUCAGACAAGAUGGUAGAUAUUGCUAAUCCAAGCUGAGCAAAUCUGACUCUUUUGUUUAAAAAAUGGCUUUAGAAAUCAGAUCUAAAAUAGUUUUUCUCUUGGGCACCUGGGUGGCUCAGAGCCCCUCAUCAGUCUCUGUGCUGACAGCCUGGAGCCUGGAUCCUGCUUGGGAUUCUGUGUCUCCUCUCUCUGGCCCUCCCCCACUCAUGCUCUGUCUCUGUCUCUCUCUCAAGAAU